UUUUUUUUUUAUUUAAUAGAGAAUCUAAUUAUGAAAUAACUAAUCAGACCAGUAGGAGUUAAUUGUUCCAAUGGUCACUAAACUUUGGUUCAUGUUUUUGAUAAAAUGUCGAGUUUUGGUCACUGAAUUUAGGUCAAUAUCUUCGAUUAUUCACUAAACUUAGAUCUCUGUUUUAGAUUGCUUACUGAAAUUUAAAAUGUCGAGUUUUGAUCACUGAACUUUGGAAUAUGCCGUUUGUUACUCAUUAGCAUAAUUGUUGAAUUUUGAAAAAUAUCGAGUUUUCAAUGAGUAAUGUAAAACAUUUUUUUAAGUUCAAUAAAUAAUGUACAAUAUUUUUCAAAGUUCAGUAAGUAAUGUAUAAUAUUUUUUAAAAUUUAGUUGUCAAAACUCGAUAUUUUAAACUUCAGUGAGUAGUCUAAGACACGGAUCUAAGUUCAGUGAUGAAAACUCGAUGUUUUAAACUUUAGUGACUAAUCAAAGACAUGAACCUAAGUUCAGUGACCAUUGGAACAAUUAACUCGAUCAGUAGAGGCAUCAAAACAUGGAAGCUUGGUCUAGGCAUUGCCGGGUCUCCUGGAAUAGCAAAAGCCUGGAACAGACAGUUGAGAUUGAGCUGGGCUGUGCCUGACCUUGCUACAUGGGCCCUCUUGCAAAACAAUGGUUGGGCAACACCGCCUCCUACCUCCACCAUCAUGAGCAUCACCGUGCCGGAAUUCUGGGAUUGGACGUGGGAUGAUCUAGUGUUUCACGACUUACCAGCUAUUAUUGAGUUCGUGUUCAAACAAACUGGGCAGAAAAUCCACUACGUAGGCCAUUCCAUGGGAACUUUAAUGGCCCUGGCAUCCUUCUCUGAAGGGAAACUAAUAGACAAGGUCAGAUCAGCCACACUGUUGAGUCCAAUCGCUUACUUGAGCCAUAUGACUACAACACUUGGUGUUCUUGUGGCAAGAGCUUUUGUUGGUGAAAUCACUACAAUAUUUGGACUCGCGGAAUUCAAUCCUAAAGGGGAGCCUGUAUCCAACUUUCUCAAGGCACUGUGUACCGACCCGGAGGUGGACUGUUAUGACUUGCUAGCCUCUCUUACGGGAAGGAACUGCUGUCUCAAUAACUCCACUGUUGAGCUUUUCUUGAAGAAUGAACCUCAAUCUACUGCAACUAAGAAUCUAGUUCAUUUGGCUCAAACUGUUCGGGAUGGAAUCCUGUCGAGAUAUGACUACGGAAAUUCUGACUUCAAUGAAGAGCAUUAUGGGGAAUCUAAACCUCCGAUUUACGAUUUGUCGAAAAUCCCCCGUGAUCUGCCCAUCUAUCUGAGUUAUGGAGGGGAAGAUGCACUCUCUGAUGUAAAAGAUGUGGAGACUUUGCUUGAUAACCUUAAAUUACAUGACGAAGACAAGCUCCAUGUUCAGUAUAUAAAGGAUUAUGCACAUGCAGAUUUCAUAAUGGGAGAAACAGCCAAGGAUAUUGUUUAUAAUCAGAUUAUAUCAUUUUUCAGAAAUCAGCAGUAAAUUUCUUGAUUUUGGGCAUUCGAUGACUUUUCAGAUCUCGGGCACGUUUGAUAUGUUGAAUUACUGGAUUGAACAAAAUAAAAAACUGAAGAUGCCACCUGUGAGUUAUUGAUGUACGUGGACAGGUCCUUGUGUGAUAGAGGCAAAAACGCAGAAUAAACAAAUUAUCCCAAAACACCCUUUAUACUACAUUCAACUCGUUUCUUAAAGUUUAAGUUGUUAGGCAUCAGACAUUUAUUUAUUUGUUUUUCAUCUGUGUCGUUCUACCAUAUUCAUGUAUUGCAUGUUAAAAAAAUGGGAAACCUAUAUAUCUUAGUUUCAAA